CGCUUUUGUUUACCAAAUUCACUUUCACCUAAUCAAAAGAAAGAAUCGAAUCAUCAAGUGGUUUGCAAGCGAAUUGGGUGUUUCGUCUCUCUCACUUUCCUUUCUAUUUCUCUCACUUCCAUCGCUUUCUCUCUAAAACCCUUUGUUUUCAACUUUUUUUUCUUCUCAUUCCUCUGUUUUUAUAUAUAUACACAGCAACACGUAUUUUUUUUUGUGUAUUUCAAGCUCAGAUACAAAGAAAGGGAAAGAAAAAAGAGGGUCUUUUCUUUCUUUCUUUUUUCUCCUUUAUAACUCAUGAAUUCAACUCUCUGAUCAAAAUUUUCCAUUCGGUUUGUGUUAGUGCUGCUUUCGAGGGUUCUCGCCGUCUUUGAAUUCGGCGGUGUCUCUGUUUACCUUUUCUUUUUAUUGUCAUCUCUGAGGAAUUUGGUGGCGCAUUAAAGUUGGGGCGUUCAUGAAUCCAGCUACUUGAAAUUUUGCCUUUUUCCUUUCAGUGUAUUUAAGGCUCUUUUGAAGAAGAAAGCACCACGUCCUUUGGCUCUUCCAUUUAAAUACCUCUUCCUUUCUUUGGUUUUGGUUUUGUUUUUAUUCAAAGUCAGAGAGAAACAGAGACUCAAACAAAAAAUACUUCGAUAUUGGAACCAAACAAAACAUUGAAUUUGAAAACUACUAUCUGUUUUAUUUUUGUUUGUGAACUCGAUCUGGGUUUUUCUUCAAUCUGGUUUUUCUUCAAUCUUUCAGCGAAAGAGACAUUUCGAACUAAGGACUUUUGGUUGCGUUUGUGAAAGAAACCAAAGACAAUGUUGCCUCAGAAACAAGCAGAGGAAGCUAUAGUUCCUAAUGUGAACGAAACAGAGCAUGAAGGAAAAGAAGAAGAUAAAGAAUCUCAGUCUAUUUUCAGUGUAAAAAACAUCCUCUGGCAUGGUGGCUCUGCUUGGGAUGCUUGGUUCAGUUGCGCUUCUAAUCAAGUUGCUCAGGUUCUGUUAACUCUGCCAUAUUCAUUUUCUCAGCUGGGAAUGCUCUCUGGGAUCUUGUUUCAAAUUUUCUAUGGAAUCAUGGGAAGUUGGACUGCUUAUAUAAUCAGUGUACUGUACAUUGAAUACAGAAGUAGGAAGGAGAAAGAGAAUGUGAGCUUCAAAAACCAUGUGAUUCAAUGGUUUGAAGUUCUUGAUGGCUUAUUGGGUCCUUAUUGGAAAGCCAUUGGACUUGCAUUUAACUGUACCUUCCUCUUGUUUGGAUCAGUCAUUCAACUUAUUGCUUGUGCAAGCAAUAUUUAUUACAUCAAUGAUCAUUUGGACAAGAGAACAUGGACUUAUAUUUUUGGAGCUUGUUGUGCUACCACUGUUUUCAUCCCUUCUUUCCAUAACUACCGGCUUUGGUCCUUUUUGGGGCUUGGGAUGACCACUUACACUGCUUGGUACAUGGCCAUCGCCGCUCUUGUCCACGGCCAGGUUGAGGGUGUCCAACACUCUGGCCCUAAGAAAUUGGUUCUGUACUUCACCGGCGCCACUAACAUUCUUUACACAUUCGGAGGCCAUGCUGUGACUGUUGAAAUUAUGCACGCUAUGUGGAAGCCACAGAAAUUCAAAUACAUCUAUUUGAUGGCUACCUUAUACGUUUUCACCUUAACGCUUCCGUCAGCCACCGCCGUAUACUGGGCUUUCGGAGAUGAGCUUCUAAACCAUUCCAACGCCUUCUCCCUUCUCCCAAAAUCCCGCUUCCGUGACGCCGCCGUCAUCCUCAUGCUUAUUCACCAGUUCAUUACGUUUGGGUUUGCUUGUACGCCGUUGUACUUUGUGUGGGAGAAAGUGAUUGGAAUGCAUGAUACGAAGAGCAUUUGUUUAAGGGCUAUUGCGAGGUUACCGGUGGUGAUUCCAAUUUGGUUUUUGGCAAUCAUUUUCCCGUUCUUUGGGCCAAUAAAUUCGGCGGUGGGAGCUUUGUUGGUGAGUUUCACAGUAUAUAUUAUCCCUGCUAUGGCUCAUAUGCUGACUUACAGAAAGGCCUCUGCUCGUCAGAACGCUGCGGAGAAGCCUCCGUUCUUCAUCCCGAGCUGGGUUGGAAUGUAUGCAUUGAACACGUUUGUGGUGGCGUGGGUUCUUGUGGUUGGGUUUGGGUUUGGAGGAUGGGCUAGUAUGACGAACUUUGUUAGGCAAGUUGACACCUUCGGACUUUUUGCAAAGUGCUAUCAAUGCAAGGGUCCACCGUUACCUGCGAUGGCUCCUAUUGCUCAUCAUUAAACACUGGGCAGCCACCGGGUUGUGUUUCGAUCUCGGUCUUGGUCAUCUCCUCCACUUUUUGUAUCAUACCAAUGGGGGAAAAAUCACUAGCCUUUUGCUCAUGGCCCCCUCCUCUUUGAGUGUGUUAGAAUUUUCUUCUACUUUUUCCCCCUAGUGUGCUGAAUCGGUAAUGAUUCUCAUCCAGUCAAAAUCAUUGGCUUAAUUUUAGCUGAUUAUUAUAUUAUUAUAUUAUAUAUUAUACUUGUAGCUUACUUAAUAUUUUCUUCAAACACUCUUAAAUUAUUACCAUUGCCAUAAAUUUAAGAUGUAGUUUUUGUUAA